GCGCGAGCGGCACACAUCAUCAGGAAGGGAGGCAAGAAACUGGAGGCGCUCGGGUCGACCGGGCCAUUGUACAACAGUAAAACAAUAGAAUCUGCAACACCAGUGACGUAUCCGCGUGCGCAAGCGCCGUGUCAUCGCGAAAAGUCGCAAAUUUAAUAACAAAAAAUAAAUGUCAUUGCAAAUAAAGAGAGAGUGCUUGAUUUACUUCUCUCUAAUGAACAAUAAAUAGUUCUAAAAGUGCACUCGAUAGACUCCACUUGCUCGUUCAUUGAUUCGCGUUUGAUGUGAUGUGUGUGUGCGAUUAUAUAAAUAAAUUAUUUUUCUUUUAUUUUUCCAUCGCGCAAAGAACGGACUAUAAUCUCGAAAAAGUGCCAUAAUCAGGAUUAAUAUCAAUAUAUUGUAAAAAAAAUUACCAAAUCUCUCUUGUGCAUUUUCGAGUGUGUCUAAUAAAUGGCACUUUGUAUAAAGGUCAAGAGAGAAUAUUAACUUUUAUAAUAUAUAUUCGAAGCAAUAAUUUAAAAAAGAUUAUAUUCAUCACAAAUAAACUAUCUACGACGUUGGUGUGGACGAGGUUGACAAAAUUUCAUCGAACCAGUGUUCAAAUAUCACUGACGUUUCGCGCGCAAUUUUCAUACAUUGACGUGAAGUUUGACGCAUAUCGAGGACACGGCAGGGUCUCACCCUAUUGAGAGAAAGAGAGAGAGCGUACACUUAAAUGAGAGCUGAGAGCUCACGUGCGAGACUCCCCACUCUACUUUUGCCACGUUUAUGAUGCACUUUACUUGUGCGCGAUAUGGCAGCAAUAACUCUGUAUACGUUGUUGCUGCAAACUUAGUCAUUCUUCGGUCGUUGGCCGUGUGGGUAGGCCCUUAUACCGCCGACUCUGCCAGCAUAUCCAAUCAGGAAGAGGGAUUUGUCUGUUAGACACUUGCUUUAACACCUCAUGUGCAAGAUUGUCAACGAUUCGGCUAGCUUUACUUGAAGGAUAUUUUAUUUAUUUAUUUUUUUUUAUUUAAGUCAAGCUUACAUUCCAUAUUAAACUACAAUCAUUCGUUGUCGUCCUCAAACAACUGCAAACGUGUCUGAAUGUGUUUUUGCGCAAACCUAUUUGAAGCCUAUUUUUGAGAUCAAUUCAAGGUCUUUAGCAUUUAACAACAACUACUUCUGACUGGCAAAUGUAGACCUUCAAUGAUUAGCAAAAGCUAUUAAACUAUAAAAGAAGAUUAAGCUACAAUCGUCCUCGAACAGGUGUCUGGACGUGUUUUUACACAAAAACCUACUUGAAGUCUAUUUUUGAGAUCAGUUCAAGGUCUUUAAUACCUGACAACAAGUACUUCUGGCCGAUAAAGGCUAUAUUAAACCAUAGAAGAAGAAGAUUAAGCUACAAUUGUCCUCGAACAGAUGUCUGGACGUGUUUUUGCGCAAAAACCUUCUAUUUGAAACCUAUUUUUGAGAUCAGUUCAAGGUCUUUAAUAUCUAACAACAAGUACUUCUGGCCGGCAAAUAUAGACCUUUAAAGGUUAUUAAACCUUUAAAGGUUAUUAAACCUUAGAAGAUUAAGUUACAAUCGAACCCCGAGUAGCAAACUGACGAUUAAACAAAAUAAUAUCGUUCGCUACCUGAGUCUAUAAAGAAAUUUCCAAAGCGUGGGAUUCGAAAUCGCGAAGUUCUCUGGCACGUAUAUGGAAAUUUGAAUUUUCGCGCGCGAUCGUCGUUUGUCGGAGGGUUGGCAGGACUGUUCGGAAAAUUCAGAAGUGAACAGGUGUUUUUUGAACCGGAUUAGGGAGAGUAUAGGCGACCGAGGGAGAGAGAGGACGCGAUGCUUCGCGGAUGGUGAACGAUUGCCGGCCGUUCCGGAUGAUCGAUCGCCCCCGAGGAUGAUGCACCAGGGUACGCGGUCGCUCUUGGAAUCCAGACGAAAAUGAGGAGUUAAUAACUAUUUUCAUGGUGUAUGUGUCUAAUUUCUCUUCAACUCUUGAUCUGGUUGUACAUACAAUGUCAUUCCCUAUUGCACUGUUCCCACGAGAUAGUGGUAAAAAAAUCGGAAAGCUAUUCUUGAAGAAGAUGAAGAUAUAACAGUGCCAACUUCGGCGGCAGCUUCAUUAUCAUCUCCCUGUUCGCGCACCGAGGCCUGAAGUUUUAAAUAUGCCACAUCAGUUUGGACUGCCAACAAUGGCGCACAGUAUGCAAUCCCCGCCCUCACCGACCUCAGUCAUGUCCGUCUAUCCUCGAUUCGGCACCGGCAUCUACAGACCCGAUCAGCAGGACCAGCGAUUGACUCGCGAGGCGAUGGAACGCUACCUGCGCGACCGUAGCGACAUGAUGAUCGUGAUCCUACACGCCAAGGUCGCGCAAAAGUCGUACGGCAACGAAAAGCGAUUCUUCUGCCCGCCGCCGUGCAUCUACCUCUUCGGCGACGGCUGGAGAAUGCGGCAGGAGCAGAUGGUGCGCGAGGGUGAGAGCGACCAGAACGUCCAGUUGUGCGCCUUCAUCGGGAUCGGGAAUUCGGAACAAGACAUGCAGCAGCUGGACCUGAACAACGGCAAGCAGUACUGUGCGGCGAAGACCCUCUACAUCUCGGACUCGGACAAGCGCAAGCACUUUAUGCUCUCCGUCAAGAUGUUUUACGGCAGCGGUCACGACAUUGGUGUGUUCCUGAGCAAGCGCAUCAAGGUGAUCUCGAAGCCAUCCAAGAAGAAACAGUCCUUGAAGAACGCGGACCUGUGCAUCGCCAGCGGCACGAAGGUGGCGCUCUUCAAUCGCCUGCGCUCGCAGACGGUCAGCACGCGUUACCUUCACGUGGAGAACGGCAACUUCCACGCGAGCUCGACGCAAUGGGGCGCGUUCACGAUUCACCUCCUGGACGACAACGAGAGCGAGUCGGAGGAAUUUCAAGUGCGGGACGGUUACGUCCACUACGGUAGCACCGUGAAGCUAGUGUGCUCGGUUACGGGAAUGGCGCUGCCUAGACUGGUGAUUCGCAAGGUGGACAAGCAGAUGGCGAGCUUGGAAGCCGACGAUCCCGUCUCGCAACUGCACAAAUGUGCUUUCUACAUGAAGGACACGGAUCACAUGUACCUCUGCCUGUCCCAGGAUCGUAUAAUACAAUUCCAGGCUACGCCCUGCCCGAAGGAGGCGAAUAAAGAGAUGAUUAACGACGGCGCCUGCUGGACGAUCAUUAGCACGGACAAGGCCGAGUAUCAAUUCUUCGAAGGCAUGGGUCCGGUAAGGUCGCCAGUGACGCCGGUACCCCUGGUCCACAGUCUCCACCUGAACGGCGGGGGCGACGUGGCGAUGCUCGAGCUUACGGGCGACAAUUUCACCCCAAAUCUGCAGGUUUGGUUCGGCGACGUCGAGGCCGAGACCAUGUACAGAUGUCAGGAGAGCAUGCUCUGCGUGGUGCCUGACAUCUCGCUGUUUCGUGGCGAAUGGCUUUGGGUGCGCCAGCCGACCCAGGUCCCCGUGUCCCUCGUGCGCAACGAUGGCAUCAUCUACGCCACCGGUUUGACCUUCACGUACACUCCCGAACCCGGACCGCGUCCGCAUUGUCCACCCGCCGAUGAGAUCAUGCGAGCGCCACGUACCAUGCACAAUCAGGCUAGUAUACCAACCGCCGCGAUGUCCGUGGCCGAUGUACCUUGGAACACCCAUCCUGGACAACCCCCGCAGUCAGGUCUCUGAUACCUUCUCGAUACUCGUCAGAACGCGAACCAAAAUUUAUUGCGAUGCGGCGGUGAUCUGGGCGCCGCGACACCACGCGUGGUGCCACCUCCCGAUGACGACAAUGAGGAUGACGAUGAUGAUGAGAUGAUGAUGAUGAUGAUGAUGAUGAUGAUGAUGAUGAUGACGAUGACGAUGACGAUGACGGGAAUCGGAGUGACGGUGACGAGUGCUCGUAUCUGGCGAAGGAUUUGUUACUCGAGAUGGAUAACAGUGUGGCGAACCUGGACAAUAUGAAGACGUAGCGUUUUGCUCAUCCGAUUUCGCGUCCUAAGAUUUGUCCCUUAGGCUUAAACUCGUAAUUUGUUAAUAAAGAUUUACAGAGAUAAUAAUUUA